AUGCCCGACAGAGCCAACGUGACCGGUAACGCAUGCGCCGCAGCGGCGAUUGAGGUUGAGGCCAACAGUGGCAUCGUCGUCGUAUUCGAAGGUGUUGAAGAUGGUAAAAUCGAGGAGGAGGAGGAGGAGAAGGAGGAGAAUGAGAAGAAAACAGACACAGACACAAUCACAUACUCAGAUAAGAAAUCCCCAUGGGAGGUCGGCCCCGUUGUCGGGUUCAACAGUGGAGGUCUUAUCGAUCCGUUUGGUAACUGGUCAUCGUGUAUUGGCCAGUCGAGAGCGCUUAUCGUUCAAAGUGACGCACUGGGCUUGGAGAUCUUCGCUCCAGACCUAGCUACCUUACCUAGCGACCGCCCUCACUCUGUUAUGAUGAAGCUCCUCUCAGCUGGCGCACUGGCUCUUGGCCUCGCUAACUUGCCUAGCACUUUUGCUUGGGGCAGUCUCGGUCAUAUCACCACUGCUUACCUCGCCAGUCAUUUUGUCGCAAACACCACCGAAGCUCACCUAAAGUAUAUUCUCUAUAAUGACGAGGAAGACUACCUUGCGAAAAUAGCAUCAUGGGCAGACUCGAUUCGCUACACAGAUUGGGGUCGAUACACCAAGACCUUUCACUUCAUCGACGCUCACGACAGCCCUCCUAACAAGUGUGACGUCGACUUUGAGCGUGAUUGCAAGGACGAUGGAUGUGUUCUCACCGCCCUCAAGAACUACACCCAGCAAUCAGUUGAGCCUCAGCUGCCCUUCUGGCAGCGCAACCAGGCCGCCAAGUUUGUCGUUCACUUUAUCGGAGAUCUGCACCAGCCUCUACAUAACGAGAAUGUCGAAAAGGGUGGCAACGGUCUUGCAGUGACAUUUGACGGCCGCACAUUCAACCUCCACCACGUCUGGGACAGCUCUAUCGCUGAGAAGCUGUUGGGUGGUCUGCACGGCGACCCCUUCAAGCUCGCCAACAACUGGGCCAACCAGCUUGCAGUCGAGAUCACAGACGGCAAGUUCGCAGAGGCAAAAGACGCGUGGUUGAAGGAUCUAGACUUCAGUGACCCCAUCAGCACGGCACUUGCUUGGUCCCGAGAGGCCAAUGCGCUCGUCUGCACUCACGUUCUGCCCGAAGGUGCCGAUGCCAUUGUCGGUCAGGAACUGGGAGGCGAGUACUUUGAAAAGGCUGCCCCUGUCAUUGAGGAGCAGGUUGCCAAGGCCGGUUACAGAAUGGCUGCCUGGCUGGACAAGAUCGUUGAGGCUUACAAGGAUGUUGAGCAGAAGCAGAUGUCCGAGGAGCUCUGA